GCCGGGCCGCUGGGACCGAGGAGGCUGGCGGGCCAUGGCAGGCUCCAGGCUCUGGUUCUCGCUGCUGCUGGCGGCAGCGAUCGCUGGGCCGGCCACGGCUCUGUGGCCUUGGCCCCAGUACAUCCAGACCUCCGACAAGCACUACACCAUCUCCCCGCACAGCUUCCGAUUCAAGUACCACGUCAGAUCGGCCGCGCAGCCCGGCUGCUCCGUCCUGGACCAGGCCUUCCAGCGCUACCGCGACCUGCUCUUCAGUUGCGGGUCCCGGCACGGCCCCGCCCUCGCAGGAAAACAGCAUACAUUGGAGGAAAAGCAUUCACUGGUUAUCCUUGUGGUCACUCCCGGAUGUGACCAGCUUCCUUCUUUGGAGUCAGUGGAGAAUUACACCCUGACCAUAAACAAUGAGCAGUGUUUCCUCCUUUCUGAGACCGUCUGGGGAGCUCUGCGAGGUCUGGAGACUUUCAGCCAGCUUGUUUGGAGAUCUCCUGAGGGAACAUUCUUUAUCAACAAGACGGAGAUUGAAGACUUUCCCCGCUUCCCUCACCGCGGCUUGUUGUUGGAUACAUCUCGGCAUUACCUCCCAUUGCCUAGCAUCCUGGACACUCUGAAUGUCAUGGCAUACAAUAAAUUCAAUGUGUUCCACUGGCAUCUGGUCGACGACUCUUCCUUCCCAUACAAGAGCUUCAGUUUUCCAGAGCUCACCAGAAAGGGGUCCUACAACCCUGCCACCCACAUCUACACAGCAGAGGAUGUGAAGAAGGUGAUUGAAUAUGCACGGCUUCGGGGUAUCCGUGUGUUGGCAGAAUUUGACACUCCUGGCCACACUCUGUCCUGGGGACGAGGUGUCCCUGGAUUAUUGACUCCUUGCUACUCUGGGUCUCAACCCUCUGGUACCUUUGGACCAGUGAAUCCCAUUCUCAACAGUACCUAUGAGUUCAUGAGCACAUUCUUCUUGGAGGUCAGCUCUGUCUUCCCGGAUUUUUAUCUUCACCUUGGAGGAGAUGAGGUGGAUUUCACCUGCUGGAGGUCCAACCCAGACAUCCAGGAGUUUAUGAAGAAGAAAGGCUUUGGUAAUGACUUUAAACAGCUGGAGUCCUUCUACAUCGAAACGCUGCUCAACAUCGUCUCUGCCUAUGGCAAGGGCUACGUGGUGUGGCAGGAGGUGUUUGAUAAUGAAGUAAAGGUUCAGCCAGACACAAUCAUCCAGGUAUGGCGAGAAGAAGCACCAGUAAGCUAUUGGAAGGAGCUGGCGCUGAUCACCAAUGCCGGCUUUCGGGCUCUGCUCUCUGCCCCCUGGUACCUGAACCGCAUAAAUUAUGGCCCUGACUGGGAGGACUUUUAUAUGGUGGAUCCCCUAUCAUUUGAAGGUGGUCCUGAGCAGAAGGCUCUGGUGAUUGGUGGAGAGGCCUGUAUGUGGGGAGAGUAUGUAGACAGCACAAACCUGGUCCCCAGGCUCUGGCCCAGAGCAGGGGCUGUUGCCGAGAGGCUGUGGAGCAACAAGCUGGUGACUGACCUGGACUUUGCUUUUAAACGUUUGGCACACUUCCGCUGUGAGCUGCUGAGGCGAGGUGUCCAGGCCCAGCCCCUCAGUGUAGGCUACUGUGAACAGGAGUUUGAACAAACCUGAGCGAGCAACCCCAGGAACCGAGGAGGGUGCUGGCCCUAGAAGAAUGGUGGUGGGACCAGGCUCCCACUGCAUCCUGGCCAGGGGUCAGAGCCCUUUGCCCACAUGCCACUGUGCCUGGAGAGAAAGGGGCUGGGGCUGGUGUCCAAUAAAGAGUGAUAUGUCAUUUUUCUACAAUGUACAUGGAUUACCUGUGUAAAAAAAUGCAAGUGGCCCUGGGGGGAAGGGGAGCUGCCAGGACUAGCGUAUGCUCCUGAGAGUGUUGGGGCUCAGUAGAGUCCAGGCAGGUUGGGCUCAGUAUCUGUCCCUGGAGGGAUCUUAUACGGUAAGAACUGAGGAUGAAACCCUUGCCUUUGUGCAGUCCUGCCUCUCCAACACAGUCCAGAUACAUACCCCCAUCCUCUAGUCAUUUCUCUUCAAGUGGAGAGGUUACUUAGACCUCCAGGGCUUCUGUAUACAAAGAAGACAUUAUAGAGGUUCAAACAAAUUCUGGGCAGUGGCAAGGGCUCCAGACCCAACCUGGUCACAGAAUAGCCCUUGCUCCAUGCAUACUCGCAUACUUCCCUCUCCUAGAGCUUUUCUUCUGCUGUGGAUUGUUACUUCAAUUUCAUGCAACCAUUAUUUAAAUGUUGAAAAACAUAUUAUGGUCUUGGCACUGUGAUAGGUGUUGAAUAUAAAGGACUUGGUCCCAAGAGGCCCCCAAAAGCCAGCAACUUCCAUCCUCCCACCCAUUUUCAGCCCAGUUACAUGAUUUCAGAGAAUUGAUGGCACAGCUGAGACCAUGAGAAGAAAGCCCCUGGCGGUCCAGGAAGUGAGCAUGUGCUUCUGAAGGAAGAGGGACUUUGCACAAGUGACCAGUUUUCCCUAGGAGGAAGUGGCUCUGGUGGACCCAGGCUGACCCCUGGUGGGUUCAUGUUCAGAGGUGACAGUGCAGACCACAGGCUGGGGUGAUAGUGGACAGCAACUGUUUUAGAUAAGGAUUUCUUUGACUAUUUUUUAAGUUCUUUUACCUGGUCCCGGGAUGGCAGGACAGUGGAAAGGUUCCCAGGCAUUUCUUUCAGAAAAUUUCCAGUCUGGUGGACUCAGAAGCUUUGGGAAUGGAACUGAGUAAGAUUUGGUCCUUAAAGAGCAUCCUUCAGUCCCUCAAUCAUUUUGGGGGGAUCUUGUUGGAGGUAUACUAACCCUGCCUUCUUGCACUGUUUCUGUAGGGAGAAGGUGGGUACCUUUUACCUACAGAACCCUCUUGGGGAUGGAGUUUUCACACAGCCCAGAGUAGCCAUGCCCAGGGCUCUGGCCUAGAGAAACACCAUGUGUGCACACCAGAGGAGCCCCCUUUACCACCAUUACCCAGAGAAUCCUGUGGGGUGGUCCCAGGCAAGGACCCUGCAGGAGUGCUGCUAUACUUCACUUGCCCCUGCUUCCUUCUUGAUCAUAACUUUAACAUUGCUAUUGUUUGGGAUAAAAGUAAAUUAAAAGAUCAGCCUUUAAGUCAUAAGUCUCAAGUCAGUGAUGGAACAGACCAUGAAAACAUUUAUGUUAAAGCAGUAAGGUUCUAUGACUUCUUAUUCCUGUUGUAAACAUUUUUCUUUAAUAUUAUUAUUUUUAUAAUUUAAAAAAAAUCAGUGUAGCCUGAUCAAGACCUUCAAUGGUGGGAUGUGCUAUUUCCAGCCUUCACCUCUGCUCCUGUGGGCCCAAUGAUCAUGAGGGCAUUUACCUGAAGAUCAUCAGACCUCAAAACUACUGACCAAAACAACCGCCCAUUCUGUCCCAGUGCUUCCCCACCUCAGCUCCCUUCACCUGGGCUGUGGAUUUAGUGCCCCACCCUGCCCAGGGCCACACUACACCAGCCUACCUGUGUUCUCUGGGCACCACCAGGGGGUGGAGAAUUGCCCAGACUUAUUUCCUGGUUCCAGUCAUCUUAGGGCACAAAGGAGUCUGCCCCUCUCUCCUGUGAAUCUCCUCAGGAUGCAAAGCAAGCCUACUAGGAAUACAAUUAAAGGAGUGAAUGGAGGCUGGGAAGACAUCCAGCCCCACUCAGUAGGAGUUGAGGCCACGUGCCAGGUACCUGUUCUUUCUUGGAAUCUCAUGUUUUUAGGUGCAUCUCAAUGGACUAGCACACACAUGUAUGGCAGAGGACUUGGGCAGAAGUGCUCCACAACAGUAGAGAUGGAGUCAGCAAGGGUGUGAUGAAAAUGGAAUGAUACUGGGAAGGGGUGAAAAAAGGAUGAUGUGGGUAUAGACUGAGUUUAUGUAAAUGUAGACAUACACACCUGUUGGCAACGUUAGCGUGCUAAAAUGUAGAUUUUUGUAAUUUUUGUCAAUUUCAUUUGUGAAGUUAAUCAAUAUAGGCCAUGAUAAUUGUGUAUCAUAUACCUUUUUUCCCACUACAAAAGUAGGAAUUGGAUGAUUUGUCUAUUUGAACCAUUCUGUAUGGGUUUUUUUUGUAAAUAAAUAAGCUCAGAAAGUUGGAAAA